AUGCAUGUCUGGGAGAACAUCGAGAUGAAAAGCGGCAUCUGGAAAUAUGAGACGACACGAGACGUGAAGCUUUGCUCUUCAGCGCCUGCUCACGUUGAUUGCUUCGCCCAUCAAGCCACUGUCAUCGCCAACCGCCUUGCCCAGGCAUCUGGCAACUCAUCUAUUCCUCUCAUUUGUGGCGGCGAUGCGUGCAAAUCAUCCAGCCCAGUGGACUUGAUAAAGAGCUCGCUUUCAAGACCUGAUGCGAUCACGCCUGCAUACGCCGAGGGACCGCCGGGGCACAAGAAUCCAGGCUGUGGUACCCUUUCCAAAACGCCAAAGUGGACACUGGGAACCAUCAUCUUCAUCCACGAGACUGGAGACGGACCUUCUGACAUUCAGACUCGGUCAAUCCAGUUCCAAGUCACCAAUGAAGCCACGUGUCCCCGCUCAAGACCAAGCCCUCUCAACAACGUCCCCUACACUAUCGAAGAUCCCAUCCCGAUCGUAUACGGUAGUACCAUCUCUUCUGUCGUCUCUCCCUCACGGGUCCUCGGUAACUUUGAGCUCGACAAAAGCACAGGUGACGGCAUGAGCUUGGCAGCCAUCAGCUUCAACCUGUGGCUCAACACUCAGAAUAGCCUCUUCGACUUCCCAGUGUUCGUCUACCAUGACGACGUCAAACUGAGUGAUGCCGAAACCUGGUAUACCGGUUCAUUUGGCGCUGGUCAACAGUCUCUUGCGCCGAAGACUUGCUCGUUCCGGUAG